AUGGGUGUCUUUAUGUUCAUCUGCAAACAGGACGGCGGCAGCUGGUCCGCUAAGCAGUACGCGGCCAAGGAGGAGGACAACAAGGACCUCACCGCGGAGGGGUCGGACCUUUACUCGCUUGGCCGGAAGCUCGUGUCGCUCGCCAUCGAGAACUCCUCGGGCGGCGGCGUCACCUCCUUCUUCUCCUACACCACGCCCAACGCCGGCGUGUACGAGGUGAAGGUGGGCGGUGGUCUUGUGAUGGCUGCUGCUCCCGGUGCUGCUGCAAUAAAAAGGCCCCACAUUCACUUUCUCAUGCACUGGCUUGCUUAUAUUCUCUCCUGUGCUUGCCGUGUGCCCUAUGUGUGCUGGCAGGUGAAGGUGGGUGGUGGUGCUGUCAUGGCUGCUGCUCCCGGUGCUGCUGCCAGCGGUGGUGCUGCUGCUCCUGCUGAAGAGGCCAAGAAGGAGGAGAAGGAGGAGGAGAAGGAGGAGAGCGACGACGACAUGGGCUUCUCGCUCUUCGACUAG